AUGGUCCGUUUUAUGGUAUUUUGUCUAUUGGCUCUUGUCUGGAGUACAACAGAAAUCAGUGGCCUGAGAAGGGGAGAUUUUUCCAAAGUCGUCAAGUUUCCUGUAUCUAGUAGCUCGCAGUUUCCUCGUGCCGUGAUUAGUAAAUCGCUGCCACCGAUGGAUGAAUUUACGCUUUGUUCCUGGUUGAAAUUAACAAGCUCAGAAGAACGAGAAUUCGUUUUCUUCUCGUACGCAGUCGGUAAUGGCGGCGACAGCGAUGAAAUAAUGGCCUCUGUUAACAGGACCACUUCAACAACUGAACUCAAGAUAAAAAUUGCCAAUCAACUUGCACGAUUGAGCUGUGCAACCUUCACUGUAGGGAACUUUCACAAAGUCUGUAUCACCUGGACAAGCGUAAAAGGAAGAGUGCAGUUUUAUGUCGACGAAGAUAUGUGUAGUGCCCAGGUAAACGGUGUUGCAGUGGGAACGCAAGUCAGGAAUGGCGGUACUAUUGUCCUUGGUCAGGACCAAGACACUGUAGGAGGUGGGUUCAGCAGUGAUCAAUCUUAUGUUGGAGAUCUGACACAAUUAAAUUUAUUCGACGAGUUAUUGGACCAGGAUCAAAUACGCCGUGCUAGCACCUGUCUCAGCAAAACUUUCAAGUACAGCCCCUGCUGCUAUCAAGAAGACGAAAUUUCGGGCAAUAUCAUUAGCUGGA